ACACGGUAAUACUACCACUCCAUUACGCAACUUGCGGGCAGAGGAGGCUAGCGAUGAAUUUGUUACACUGCGCCGUGGUUCUAGCAGACAAGGAAAUGCAGAAAAAUCACCAACACCAAUAGAUAUGGGAGAAAUAAAAACAGAUACUCAACUGAUUUUAGAAGAGCUGCGAGCGCUUCGCGCUGAGAUGUCUGACUUCAGGAGCACAAUACAACAACUAACAGCUGAAAUCAACCAUAAUAAGCAGUGUAUAGAAGGCCUGACAUCGCGCGUCGAGACCCUGGAGCAGCGUCAGAACAAAAUAAUCCCCAUCACCGAGACACCCAACCUACAAGAAACUAUUUCGGAAUUGAAGCAAAACCUUAACGACAGAGAUCAAGAGCUCUUGCAGAAUGACAUUGAAAUAGCCGGGAUACCAGAGGAAAAGAAUGAAAAUGCUGCUCAUAUCAUGUUGACGGUGGCCAAUAAACUCGGAGUGUCUAUCGAUGAACGUGACAUAGUGAAUGCUGAGCGAGGGGGACCAUUACGAGCCGGGUCAUCACAUGAAACACCUGAUGCGCGCCCUAGGGUGCUCAUCAUCCGUCUGACCCGCCGCGCCCUGCGAGGGCAGCUGUUAGCAGCGGCCCGUGUCCGCCGGUCUCUGCAAACUGAUGGCCUGGGGCUGUCUGGUUCACCAAAAAACUUUUACAUCAAUGAGCGACUAACAAAGCAAAAUCGUCAUCUGUUUUAUAACGCCAGAGAAGCUGCCCGUCGUGAAAAAUGGCAUUACGUCUGGACACGGGAUGGCAGAAUCUAUGCUCGACGAGAACAGGGAGCUCCCCGUCAUCGCAUCAAAUCGGAAGCGGAUAUCAACAGGGUUUUUGGAUGUGGUGGUGUUCGCACGUGAUGGUGAUGUUGACAUUUGUGAAACACUUAACAUUAUAAUAUUAGUCAAUUUAAGAAAUGUACCUUAUGAGUUACUGUUUUUGUUUUUAAACGUUACUUGCUUGGAUUUGUUUUUAGGUAGACUGUGCCCAUGUGUGUGUGUUUUUUCAAUACAUUUAUUUCACAUUUUCUUUUACAAAACAGAGAAACUCUUUAUUAAUAUUAUGAAAAAUGGCUAACUCAAAGUUUAAAAGUUUGAGAAUAGGGCUAUUGAAUGCUAGAUCUCUCAACACAGGUGAGGAUGAACUUUUAAUUUCAAUGGCAAAUUUCAAACCCGACAUCUUAGCAAUUAAUGAAACAUGGAUUGAGCA